CUGAGUGCACUGAUUCGACCUUUCCAAAAAACUUAGCCUAGGAUUGCUGGACACCCCGCAGCGAGUUGCGCAGCGGGAUCCGCUCUGCGGUGUCUGGCGCGUGCGGCCGGGCACCUUCUGGGCUGCUCUUCCUGGCCCCUACCCUCGCGGCUGUAACGUCAGCUGCCUGCCAGGCCUCUCAGCCAGCACAGUGGGACAUGCCCGAACGGACAGGGGGCGGAGCCUAAGGAGGUGGGAAGCACCCAGCCCGACUGCCCAGCUGGAAAAGAACUCAGUCCCUGCCGGCUCUCCACUCCGGCAGAGUGUAGCUCGGCGGUGAGGACGCUGCAACGCGCCCGCACUCUGCGGCCAGAGUGGAUCGCGCGACGUUGCGGCUGCGCGAGGGGCCUUUUCCUGGGAGCCAUCCGGGAAAAGCCCGGCUUAACUACAGGCCUUUCGGCCAUUGGGCGGACCCCCCAAGCCGCAGAAGGACGGCGAAAGGGGACUGAAGCUAAACUGAGCUCUUUCCGAGUGGGGAGAGCCCGCUAGGGCGAGGUGGGAAGGAGGGGUGGGGCGUGUUGCGAAGCUCACGGCCAGCGGUGGAUUAUCCGGGACACUUUGCGCCUGGGGGCUGCGAAGUGAGCGAGGAGGACAAGGGCAUGCUCAGUGGUGGCGGCGGUGAUGCGGCCCUUUCCAACGCCGCGGCGCGGGGGCAAGUGGAGGCCGUGCGGCAGCUCCUGGAAGCCGGUGCUGAUCCCAACAGACUCAACCGCUUCGGGAGGCGCCCGAUCCAGGUCAUGAUGAUGGGCAGCGCCCGCGUGGCCGAGCUGCUGCUGCUCCACGGUGCGGACCCCAACUGCGCAGACCCCGCCACCCUCACCCGACCCGUGCACGACGCCGCCCGGGAGGGCUUCCUGGACACGUUGGUGGCGCUGCACCGAGCCGGGGCGCGGCUGGACGUGCGCGACGCUUGGGGCCGCCUGCCCGUGGACCUGGCUGAGGAGCGGGGCCACCGCGACGUCGCCCGCUACCUGCGCGCGGCCGAGGGAGACUGAUGGCGCUUGCACACAGCCGCCCCAAACGAUUUUUCUUUUCUCUCCAGUUCCUCACCCCAACUUAGUUCAAUGAGGUCUGCAAACGUGGAGCGGCGGAAGUCUUCCUGGGCGACCUGAUUCCCCGCAGGGAAGGAGGGGCAGACCGGGAAGAAAUUUUUUUUCUCUUUUUUUCUCUGGAUGCAGCCCUCGACACUCACCGUGAAGUGAAACGCAGAGAGGUGGGGCAAAUGGAUUUCCAGCGAGAUUUAGGAGCCGAAUGUGGAAUUCCCAGGUUUAUUUUUCAGGGUUUUCUGGCGAAAAGUGGCACAUGAAGAAAUCCGCGAAGGAACCCAAGCGCUGCGAAUCUUCACACAAAAGAUGCUGGGGCAGAGUGGGAGGCGGCGGUGACUGGCAUUCGGGUGGGAGGCAGGUGAUAACGUUCGCCCCAUUGACCUUGAAAGACCCCCCCCCCCUUUAAGCCCCUACGUCAGGCGUUAGGCCCUGGGGAUAUGAGGGCAAAGCUGAAGACGGAGGACCAAGCGAUGAUGACGGUCGUCGUGGGCUCUUUCUUUACAAGCUGCACGGAGCAGAGCAGGUCACGUGCAAAACGCUCCAUACUGGAAGCCUUGGGGACUCGCGCCCAGCUACACCGGAUAGUGACGGAGAAGAGAGGACCCGGAAGCCACCUCGAACUUGCCUGCUUAUUCUAAAGUCCCCAGGGCAAGGUGGUUCUGAACAGCUCUCCGAAAGGGGCGCUCGUUUGCUGUUGUUAAAUAAAGGCGAGAUUCUUGCGGCGUUCCAGCAGUCCGCGCACAGACUGAAGUCGGGGAUUGUAGCGAGAGCAACUGUAGGUAGGCAGUUAACUGUAACGAUUUGUUUAAUCUAUGAACGGUAGGAUACAGAGAGCCCCCUGUAAAUUGCCACUUGAAAAGAUUUCGUGAUAUUUUGUACUUCUGGGUGGUUCUUCAAUAGCAGUCUUACUUACGGAGACUUUAAAUAACAAAGUAACUCGUGGCCCUUGGGAAAGAGGUGAGGAAGAACUACAGCUUUUACACGAAGCUAUGGCACAGUAGCAACGCCCAGAUUGCUUUGAUCCUUAACCUAUUUAUUUCUCUGUUAAAUUUUCUGUUUCCUUUACUACAGUCUCAGGGGGUCAAACAAUGAAAUAUUACAAAUGUAUUUUAGAAGAUCCAUGCACUUACCCAGUAAAUUAUCUCAGGAUAUUUCCCAAAGCGUUGCUAAGAGUAGAUUGAAUAUAAAACUGUUGAAAAUAUA